AUGUACCAGCCCUACGUCGAGGAUCUGGCGUCAUCGCCAGAUGAUGAGGAGGAAGUGGAGAGGCGACCGGGAUCUCCCUCAGGUAGCAGCGAUCAGGAUGAGGAUGAGAUUUUACAGCGCAGAUCAGUGGCUGCUGAAGAAUCGGAUGGCCGAAAUUCGCCAGUUAUUCGUCAUUAUGAGCCUAAGGAGCUGAAGGAUCCAGUCUGGAAGGCAACAGAUCCCCUGGAAAGAGCCCAUCCGACUAUUGGUCAAUCGCAUGAUGUGAAGAGAACGCCGGUGUACCGCAGUGGUGAUGAGGCCAAAGAGAGAGCCGUUCCGAGCACUGAUCGAGACCGCUUCGACAGCGGGUUAGGUACAUUGCAUCGCGGAGCAAGGAAGAUGAUUCUGAUGAAUAUGAAAGUCUACCGACUCGCCGCCAGAUUCCAUCGCCCGCAAGAUUCUACAAUGAACCCCGAUAUAGGUCGUAUUCGCCCGCCACGUCCUCUCUGGAUACACGUUUUCGCAGGAGACCAACUCGAGUUGACGGUAGAUACCAGUCUGGUCCAAGAUCUCGGCCUCGAUCCAGGUAUCGUUUUCGAGAAAGAAAUGCUGGUCGGCCAAGACAUCGUGGCCGACCAGGAGGCUACAUACCAAUGCAUCUGUCUUCAGAGGAAGAAGAAAACUUUAGUGAUCAUUCUAUCAAGUACAGGCCACGAUUAA